ACGGGCCAGCUCCUGAGGAAGAUGCACGUUGGUUAUUCCUACCCAGCUUCCAUCUGCCAUCGAGCAUAUUCCGACUCUGGCCUUCUGUUUGUUGUUUUAAGCCAUCCACAUGCCAAAGAGAGCGAAUCCUGUGGAAACCCAGCGUUCCGCGUGGUGGCCUUCAACCCCAGGACAGGCAGGAGCCGGGGGGUGAUGUUCUCCUCCCUCCCACCGAGCCCUGCAGGGAGGUACCUGGAGGGUGACGUGUGGGACACGGCGGGAGCGGCGGUGCUGACGUCGGGUGCCGUGGCCGUGUGGGACCUGCUGCGGGGCCGCUGCACGGCACUGCUGCCCCCGGGCCCCGCGGGGCGCUGGGCCCUGGCACGCUGGGCCACGGCCGGGGCCGGGCUGCUGGCCGGGCAGCGUGAUGGCACCGUCCGGCUGUACCACUACCGGCAGCCCCAGCCGGGAGCCGCCUGA